CGCAUCCGGAUUGGAGGUGGACGGAGGUGACAUCACAGGGACUGGUGCGGGAUGGCGGCGGCGGCGGCCGUGGUGAGAGGCAUCGGGUCGAAGCUGAGCCAGAACCUGCGGGAGCUGCGGAUCCACCUGUGUCAGAGCUCGGCGGCCAGCCAGGGGGCCCGGGAUUUCAUUGAGCAGCACUAUGUGACGAUGAAGAAGGCGAAUCCUGAAUUUCCCAUUCUAAUCCGAGAAUCUGCUGGUGUGCAGUCUAGAGCAUGGGCGCGAUAUGACUUUGGAAGAGAGAGGAACGUACCAUUGGAUAAUUUAAACUCUGAGCAGGUGGCGAAGGCGUUGGAGUCCCUGAUUACCAAGCCGUGAACUAUAGACCAAUCAGUCUGUGAAGAACAAACAGUGGCUCGGGAAUGUUCAUUUCACUGCAUUGCCAGAUUUCCCUCAGUGGAAAGAAAUUUAACUGUAAAAUAAAUCUAAUUUAAAAUGGA